GCAUUAAUUAGCUGUGAAGUUUCCUAGAGAGAGACUUGUCCGACACCAUUGACGAGCUUCAUAGCUUUCCCGCGAAACGGAGAAGAAAACAUAACAAACAGAACUUUCUCUUUCUCUCUUCCUUCGUUUUCAUUUCACUUUUUUUCUUUAUAAUUUUAAUUUUUGAUUUUUUUUUUUGAAUUUUCUUUCCCCUUCGUUGAACUUUUUGGAUGCCCCAUUUUCCCAUGACACUGUGGAAAAGUGGCGCAAAUUUGAAUUCUUCUGAAGGGUAAUGCGCGUCCAAUGAAAAAUGCGAGAUCCAAUCCUAGUCUUUGUUCAACAUUCUUGUUACCAUUUUCACCAUUACCGUGUUCUUCUGAAUGUGUCAUACUUUGAUAAAUCAUUACCAAAAAUGGUGAAUUUUCGCUCGCUGUCUUUGUUGGUGUCGUUGGCUUCAUCGAACAUUCUCUUCCCAAGUUGAUUCCUUGACCGGUUUUCUAGGCACCCUUUGACGUGUCUUCUUCUGGGUGUUUUUUGUUUUCUGCAAAUAUAUAUAGUUGAUUGUUUUCUGCAAAUAUAUAUAGUUGAUUCUUUUCCUCAACAAUAUAUAUACGUACAUAUUCUAGCAUCUCUGAACCUUUCUGUUAUUUUGUUGUCAGCUAUUGUAAUCUUCUUCUUCUUCUUCUUCUGUGAUCAGCCUUUUUUUUUUAUUUUUUUUUAUUUAGUUCUGGGGUUGUUGGUUUGAUUUGUUUUCUUCAGUUUUUCUUUGACCCUUAAUUGGGUAGAGGGGUUUUGAGUCUUUGGGGUUGUGAAUUGUGGUUGAGCUUGAAGAGGGGGUUGUGGUAGGGUGCAUUGAGGGUUUUAUUUUAUUAUAUUUUGAAAUUUGAGGAGUGAGCUUGGGUUUGACAAGGACUUGGUGAGGUUGUUAGUUUUGGUACUUGUUGUCUUUGGUGGCUGGUGUUUAGGUGUGUUGGAGCAAGUAGUGUUCUUCUUUCUAAGGGUUUUUUACUUUCUUUUUCUUUGUGAUUGUGGAUAUUGGUGGAUUGAAUGGUGAACUUGGGGAGGAGGAGAAUGAGGGGUGAGAGGAGAAGGAAGUUGCAUCUUAGUAAGAUCUAUUCAUUUGCAUGUGGGAAACAAUCACUCAAGGAGGACUAUUCACAGAUUGGAGGGAGAGGGUAUUCCAGGGUGGUGUUUUGCAAUGAGCCAGAGAGCUUUGAGGCUGGGAUUAGGAGUUAUGCUGAUAAUUCUGUGAGCUCCACAAAGUACACUCUUGCUUCUUUCUUGCCUAAGUCACUUUUUGAGCAGUUUAGGAGGGUGGCUAAUUUCUAUUUUUUGGUAACUGGAAUCUUGGCCUUCACAAAGCUUGCUCCUUAUACAGCUGUCAGUGCUAUCCUUCCUCUUAUUAUUAUUGUUGGGGCAACUAUGAUCAAGGAGGGGAUUGAAGAUUUCCAAAGGAAAAAGCAGGAUAUUGAGGUGAAUAAUAGAAGAGUUAAAGUGCAUACAGGGCAUGGAACUUUUGAAUAUACUGAGUGGAAGAAUCUGAAGGUGGGGCAUAUAGUGAAGAUAAUGAAGGAUGAAUUCUUCCCUGCAGACCUCCUACUGCUCUCAUCCAGUUAUGAGGAUGCAUUCUGCUAUGUUGAAACCAUGAACUUGGAUGGGGAGACAAAUUUGAAGUUAAAACAAGGGUUGGAAGUAACUUCUUCCUUACAUGAGGACUUUCAUUUCGGUGAUUUUAAAGCUACAAUCAAAUGUGAAGACCCAAAUGCAAAUUUAUAUUCAUUUGUUGGGGGCAUGGAGUAUGAAGAACAACAGUAUCCCCUUUCUCCUCUGCAACUUCUUCUCAGAGACUCUAAACUUCGUAACACGGACUACAUAUUUGGCGCUGUCAUCUUCUCUGGUCAUGACACGAAGGUCAUUCAAAAUUCCACUGAUGCCCCUUCAAAGAGAAGCAAGGUUGAGAAGAAGAUGGAUAGGGUUAUCUACUUCUUGUUUUGUAUUUUGUUUCUAAUGGCAUUUGUUGGAUCUAUUUUCUUUGGCAUUGCUACUGAAGAUGACUUGGACAAUGGAUUGAUGAAAAGGUGGUACCUAAGACCAGAUGAUUCUACAAUUUUCUUUGAUCCUAAAAGAGCACCUGCUGCUGCUAUAUUUCAUUUUUUGACAGCCUUAAUGUUAUAUGGUUUCUUCAUUCCCAUCUCAUUGUAUGUUUCAAUAGAAAUUGUCAAAGUCCUUCAGAGCAUCUUCAUCAAUCAAGAUAUCCACAUGUACUAUGAAGAUGCAGAUAAACCAGCCCAUGCCCGUACUUCAAACUUGAAUGAGGAACUUGGCCAAGUUGACACAAUACUUUCAGAUAAAACUGGAACUCUGACCUGCAACUCGAUGGAGUUCAUCAAGUGUUCCAUUGCUGGGGUAGCUUAUGGCCGUGGUGUUACAGAGGUUGAGAGGGCAAUGAAUAGAAAAAAUGGUUAUCCUUUGGUUGAUGACACAAGGGGCUCUACUGUCAGAAAUUCUCCCGUCAAAGGAUUUAACUUUUCAGAUGAAAGGAUAAUGAAUGGAAAAUGGGUUGAUGAGCCUUAUGCUAAUGUCAUCCAGAAUUUUUUCCGCUUACUAUCAAUCUGUCAUACAGCCAUACCAGAAGUUGAUGAAGACACAGGAAAUGUCUCAUAUGAAACUGAAUCUCCAGAUGAAGCAGCAUUUGUGAUUGCAGCGAGAGAAAUUGGUUUUGAAUUCUAUAAAAGGACUCAGACUAGUUUAUCAAUGUAUGAAUUGGAUCCAGUUUCUGGUGACAAAAUUGAAAGGAUGUACAAGCUUCUUAAUGUUUUAGAAUUCAAUAGCUCAAGGAAGCGAAUGUCAGUGAUAGUGAAAGAUGAAAAAGGGAGAAUUUUCCUACUCUGUAAAGGUGCUGACAGUGUCAUGUUUGAGAGGCUUGCCAAGGAUGGGAGGGAGUUUGAAGAGAAAACCUUGGAACAUGUGCAUGAAUAUGCUGAUGCAGGUCUAAGGACCUUGAUCCUAGCAUAUCGUGAACUUGAUGAAAACCAAUACAAGGAAUUUGACAAUGAAAUUUCUCAAGCGAAGAAUUUGAUUAGCGAAGAUCGGGAAACACUGAUUGAGGAAGUAUCUGAUAAGAUUGAGAGGAAUCUAAUCCUCCUUGGUGCCACUGCUGUAGAGGACAAGCUCCAAAAUGGGGUUCCUGAUUGCAUUGACAAACUUGCUCAAGCUGGAAUUAAGAUCUGGGUUUUGACUGGGGAUAAAAUGGAGACUGCUAUCAAUAUUGGGUUUGCUUGUAGUUUACUUAGACAAGGAAUGAAACAGAUUAUCAUUCAUUUGGAAACUCCAGAUAUUAAAGCAUUGGAGAAGGCUGGAGACAAGGGUGCUAUUGUCAAGGCUUCAAGAGAAAGUAUCCGCCAUCAAAUAUCUGAAGCUGCUCAACAGCUUACUGCCUCCAGAGGAACCUCUCAGCAAGCAUUUGCUCUAAUUAUUGAUGGAAAAUCACUUACUUAUGCUCUAGAGGAUAAUAUGAAGAACAUGUUUCUAGACCUUGCAAUUCGUUGUGCAUCUGUUAUCUGCUGCCGUUCCUCACCGAAGCAGAAGGCACUGGUCACUAGACUAGUCAAAUCUGGUACUGGUAAAACUACAUUAGCUAUUGGUGAUGGAGCUAAUGAUGUGGGAAUGCUUCAAGAAGCAGAUAUAGGGAUUGGAAUCAGUGGCGUUGAAGGAAUGCAGGCGGUUAUGUCUAGUGAUAUUGCGAUUGCACAGUUCUGUUAUUUGGAAAGAUUACUUCUUGUACAUGGACAUUGGUGUUACAGAAGGAUCUCAUCAAUGAUAUGCUAUUUCUUCUACAAAAACAUCACCUUUGGCUUUACUCUAUUCUUAUAUGAGGUGUAUGCAUCAUUCUCUGGGCAACCUGCAUACAAUGACUGGUUUUUGUCACUCUAUAAUGUCUUCUUUUCGUCACUUCCGGUGAUUGCUCUUGGGGUCUUUGACCAGGAUGUGUCUGCUCGGUACUGUCUAAGGUUUCCUAUGUUAUAUCAAGAAGGUGUGCAAAAUGUCCUCUUUAGCUGGCGUCGAAUUUUCAGCUGGAUGCUUAAUGGCUUUAUUAGUGCCAUAAUAAUUUUCUUCUUCUGCACAAAGGCAAUGGAGAUUCAAGCCUUUGAUGAGAAGGGAAGAACUGCUGGGAGGGAUAUACUUGGAGCAACGAUGUAUACUUGUGUGGUUUGGGUUGUGAACCUGCAAAUGGCUGUUUCUAUAAGUUACUUCACCUUGAUUCAACAUAUUUUCAUCUGGGGCUCCAUUGCUCUAUGGUACCUUUUCCUCAUGGUAUAUGGAGCAUUGUCUCCCAGCUUUUCCGGAAAUGCUUACAAAGUCUUCAUUGAAACUCUUGCACCAUCUCCUUCCUUUUGGAUUGUGACAUUGUUUGUUUCCAUCUCAACACUUAUCCCAUACUUCUCUUACUCCGCAAUACAGAUGAAGUUCUUUCCCAUGUAUCAUGAAAUGGUACAGUGGAUAAGGCACGAGGGAAAGACAAAUGAUCCUCAAUUUGUCGCUAUGGUGCGGCAAGGAUCAUUGCGGCCAACAACUGUCGGUUCAACAGCUCGCUUAGCGGCCAAGGAUAAUGACUUUAGAGACAGUGGCACUAACCAUAGAUAGUAUAUCUUGACAUAUUCUUGUUUCAACAGUCAAUGGUGUGUGCCAGCUUUAUUGUGCCUAUAGUUAUGGAAUUGCUUACUGGCUCCUCUCAACCAGAAAUAUGAUGUUGCUUACAUCCACUUACAUGGUAAUGGCAUGGUGCACACAACCAAACCAUCAUUUGGCAGUGAAGUUGGACAGUCGAAUAAAAAUGUAUACCUAUUUUUUUGGCUAUUUGAGGCUGUAUAGCGUUAAUUUAUAGUCUGCUUUUUGUAUCAUAGAUAGUAGCCGUUACUGGGUAUAGCUUGAAUUCUUUGUAGGAUUAUAUAGCAUAGCUUCAUAUUAUAGAAAUCAGUUCCUUCAUUCCUUUUCAGUAAUUCUUUUAUUGCACUUGUCAUCUUAGAAA